GCGGCGGCCGCCUGCGGGCUCUGGGUGCCCUGGGUGCUGCUGCGCCGGGGGCCCUGCGGGACCCUGCGCUGGCGGGUGCGCACCCGGCCCCCCCCCGGCCUGGCCGACGGCACCUACGGGGAGCACCGGCACCUGCGCCUCCAGGGUUCGGGGCUGCGGCUGCACUACGUCGCCGCCGGCCCCGCCGCCGCCCCGCUCCUGCUGCUGCUGCACGGCUUCCCCCAAAACUGGUUCUGCUGGCGCCACCAGCUGCGGGAGUUCAGCACCCGCUUCCGCGUGGUCGCCCUGGACCAGCGGGGCUGCGGCGCCUCCGACAAGCCCCCCGGCAAGAGCAGCUACCGCCCGGAAGCCAUGCUGGAGGACAUCCGCCAGGUCAUCGAGGCCCUGGGCACCCGCGGCGAGAAGGGGGUCCCCAAGUGCAUCCUGGUGGGCCACGACUGGGGCGGGGUUUUCUCCUGGGAGUUUGCCGCCACCUACCCAGACAUGGUGGAGAAGCUGGUGAUCAUCGACGCGCCUCACCGGGCAGUCAUGGCAGGUUUCGCCGCCCGCCACCCGACGCAGCUCCUGCGCUCCGGCUACGUCUUCCUCUUCCAGCUGCCCUGGCUGCCCGAGCUGCUCCUCUCCCUGGGCGACUUCGAGCUCCUGAAGACGUUCCUGACCGGGCGCCGGCUCGGCAUCCGGACGCCGGAGCGGCGGCUCACGGAGCCGGAGCUCGACGCCUACCUCUACGCGCUGUCGCAGCCCGGGGGGCUCACGCCGCCCCUCGACUACUACCGCAACCUCUUCGGGGGGAGCCCGGUGCGCCGGGAGCGCCCGCCGGCGCCGACGCUGCUGCUCUGGGGCGCCCACGACCCAUACCUGGACCCACGGCUGGCGCCCUACUUGCGCCGGCGCCUGGCACCCGCCGGGCGCCUCCACGUCGUCCCCGGCGCCGGCCACUGGCUCCCCGAGGACCGACCCGACGCUGUCAACCGCCUCCUCUGGGAUUUCUUCGGGGCGCCCGCCUGAGCGGUGGGUGGAGGGGGCCCCGGCGUCCGGGUGGAGGGGGCCCAGGCGUCCGGGUGGAGGGGCCCAGGCGUCCGGCUCUCGUCCCCCUCCCUGCAGUGCCUUCGCUUCCCAAGUGCAGUGAAUAAAGUGAGCUGUGGCCACU